AUUUUCAGUACUGGCAGUGAAUUUCGGAACGCAGCCUGAGGACACCGUCUACUCCUACCUCCUACCUCCCACCACGCUUUGAACUUUGAAAGUGAAAAGCAGUGAAAAGGAAGGAAAAUGGCGCUAUCUUGUGCGAUUUCUAAUGAAGUACCAGAACAUCCAGUAAUAUCUCCUGUCUCGGGAUCGAUAUUUGAGAGACGUCUCAUAGAAAAAUAUGUGACUGAAAAUGGAGUAGAUCCUAUUAAUGGCAAAGAACUAUCUAUUGAGCAGCUCAUUGAUAUUAAAGCGACUCCAAUUGUCAAACCCAAACCACCGAGUGCAACUUCCAUCCCAGCUAUAUUAAAAAUAAUGCAAGAUGAAUGGGACGCUGUUAUGCUACAUUCAUUUACGUUGCGACAACAACUUCAGACUGCAAGACAAGAGCUGUCUCAUGCUUUAUAUCAACAUGAUGCAGCUUGCCGUGUGAUUGCUAGAUUGACUAAAGAAGUUACUGCCGCCAGAGAAGCUCUGGCUACUCUGAAGCCGCAAGCUGGAAUUGUUCAGGCCACUACAAUUCCACAGCCUGCUGUGGCAGUAGAAGCUGGUGGCACAGCAGCCCAACCUAUGGAACAGGCUGGCAUCACCGAAGAUGUGAUACAAAAACUUCAAGAGCGCGCGACUGUUCUUACUCAAGAACGAAAACGGCGUGGACGUUCAGUGCCGGAAGAUCUCAUGCCUCAAGACAGUAUUCGAUCAUUCCAGACUCUUGCAUCACAUCCCGGUCUUCAUUCUGCUAGUGUGCCUGGAAUUUUGGCGCUUGAUAUUCACAAUGCUGAUACCAGUAAAAUUUUAACGGGUGGUGCUGAUAAGAAUGCCACCGUCUUUAACAAGGAUACCGAGCAAGUAGUUGCAAUUCUCAAAGGUCACACGAAAAAAGUUACACGAGUUAUUUAUCACCCAGAGGAGGAUGUAGUAAUGACUGCGUCACCUGAUACUACAAUUCGUGUAUGGAAUGUUGGUACCAGUCAAACAACGUUGUUAUUGAAAGCUCAUGACGCACCUGUAACCGGAUUAUCUCUGCAUCCAACCGGCGAUUAUCUGUUAAGUUCUUCUCUGGAUCAGCAUUGGGCCUUUUCGGAUAUACGUACUGGCAGAUUACUGACGAAAGUUGCAGGACAAGUAGGACAACCAUUGACAACAGCCCAAUUUCAUCCUGACGGAUUAAUUUUUGGCACUGGCACAGCAGACUCUCAGGUGAAAAUCUGGGAUUUAAAAGAACAGUCUAAUGUUGCAAAUUUCCCAGGACACUCUGGCCCGAUCACAGCGAUUAGUUUCUCCGAGAAUGGAUAUUAUUUGGCGACAGCUGCGGAAGAUUCUUGCGUUAAACUUUGGGAUUUGCGCAAAUUGAAAAACUUUAAGACGUUACAAUUGGAGGAGUCUUAUGAAGUGAAAGAUAUUUGCUUUGAUCAAAGUGGAACUUAUUUGGCUGUGGCUGGAACGGAUGUCAGAGUAUAUCUUUGUAAGCAAUGGCAGGAAUUAAAGGUACUGAACGAUCACACAGCGGCAGCCACUGGCGUUCGUUUUGGAAAGCAUGCUCAGUACAUCGCGUCUACCAGCAUGGACAGGACGUUGAAGCUCUAUGGAUUAUCAUAAAUACAAAAUUAGAAAUUUAAGGCUCCAUUUUAAUAAGAUUAUGUUACUUGGUAAAUGUUUGAUGGAUGUCUGAUCAAUUUUGAUUUAACUAGUUCUUACAUUUUUCUUAUGUAUUGUUAAAUAAAAAGUUUAAAGUAAGUGUAA